UGCAGCAGUCAGUACUUUAUACCAAACUAUAGCGCUUGUUUCAUAUAUCUACUGCUAAUAGUAAAUAAGUAUAUAGAUAGCAGUGCAGUGAAAAACACACAGACCCAAGCUGAAUACUACUAACAUAACCGACUAGCUGACAAGGAGUCUUCAGAAGCAAUUACGCUUCUGUUUCAGCAGCAUUGGUUGUAGACUGUAUGUUUCAAAGGCUUAAUCGAAGCGUCGCUCAUCAGCUAGUCCUUUUCAAUAAAUAUUGUUAUAAAAUAAUUAUCGAUCCGAGCACUUUUUAACAUGGGCGAUUCCAAAUCAUUUUUGCAUCAAUGGUGCAGCAAAAACUCAACUGAGCCACAAUUUGAAGUUCGACCAACUGGCCCAAAACAUAGGCAACGUUUUCUCUGCGAACUUCGAGUGGGUGGAUUUGACUAUGUAGCCGCUGGAAAUUCAACCAACAAGAAAGACUCCCAAGCUAAUGCUUGUCGAGAUUUCAUUAAUUAUUUGGUUCGUGUUGGCAAAGUCAAUCCAACCGAUGUUCCUGCUGAUGCAAAUUUACCAACUACUGCAAAUGAAUCAUUUACUCAAGCUAAUGUUAGCACACCUACUAGACCUGUGUUUCAAGGUGGUAUGGGCCCCAAUGAUUUUGGCCAAGCCUACAGAUCUUACAAUGACAGGGGGGAAAAUAAUUACACUUAUAUGGAUCGGUUGGCUGAACAAAAAAAAGUUGAAGAAGCUGAGGACCUUGACGUCAACGCUGGUAUACAUGGAAAUUGGACUAUUGAAAAUGCCAAAUCUAAACUUCAUCAAUUUAUGCAAAUCAAUAAAAUUAAUGCUGACUAUAAAUAUACUGUUGUAGGGCCAGAUCACACAAGGAGUUUUAUGGCUGAAAUGACUUUUUAUGUGAAACAGUUGGGAAGAUCUGUUACUGGACGUGAAACUGGCUCUAAUAAGCAAACUGCAUCAAAAAGCUGUGCUCUCUCCUUGGUUAGACAAUUGUAUCACUUAGGAGUAAUUGAAGCAUUUAGUGGUUCCUUGAAAACUAAAAAAGAGAUUAACCAAAUGCCUCCAUACCCAGUGAAAAUAGCUCCAGAACUUGUUGAUGAAAUAAACAAUCUUUUGAGAGGUUUAGAGAUCAAGCCAAUUGAUUUAAAUGGGCCACCUCCACCUCCCAGGAUUGAAGAAAAUGGAGAGUGCAGCUCUCAAGGUAUUUCUCUUGUAACUGACCAUGUUCUUGAAGAUUUUAUUUCAUCAAAACCUCAAGCUGCUGGUGUUGUAAGUUGGUCACCACCUCAACAAAACUGGAACCCAUGGAGUGGUUGCAAUAUAGAUGAAGGACCAUUAGCCUCUGUAAAUCUGGACGAUUAUUCACAAGAUUUAGAAAGAGAGGCGCGAGACUUUAUGCAGAAGUCCGAAAAUCUUCAACUAAGCUAUAAAAAUCGCUCAAAGCUUCCAGUAUUUUCAAUGAAAACCGAAAUCAUGGAUGCCAUAAAUGAUAAUCCAGUAGUCCUUAUUAGAGGCAAUACAGGUUGCGGUAAAACAACGCAAGUGUGUCAAUUUAUUCUGGACGACUACAUUUCUACUGGUCAAGGUGCUUACUGCUCUAUUGCUGUAACUCAGCCCAGAAGAAUAUCAGCAGUUUCUGUUGCUGAUCGAAUCGCAAUGGAACGGUGUGAACAGCUUGGACAAAGUGUUGGUUAUUCAGUUCGAUUCGAAUCUUGCUUACCAAGACCUUAUGGUAGCAUUAUGUUCUGUACUGUUGGAGUGCUCUUAAGAAAGCUUGAGGGUGGUCUUAGAGGUGUUUCGCAUGUGAUCGUCGAUGAAAUUCAUGAACGCGAUGUUAAUACCGAUUUCAUCAUGGUAGUCCUUCGAGAUAUGAUUCAUACAUAUCCUGACUUACGAGUAAUUCUCAUGUCUGCUACCAUAGAUACUACUCUGUUCAGCAAAUAUUUCAACGAUUGUCCAGUAAUUGAGAUUACAGGGCGAGCCUUCCCAGUGCAGCAAUACUUUUUGGAAGACUGUAUCGAAAUGACUAAAUUUAUGCCAACACCAGAAUCGAGGAAACGCAAAAGCCGCGAUACCGACGAGUUACCACUUGAGGGAGAAUCUGAUGACAACCUCAACAAAGUCGUUCCCGAGCAUUACAGCGCUCACACGAAAACUGCUAUGUCUCAAAUGUCUGAAAAAGAAAUCAGUUUUGAGCUUCUCGAAGCCUUACUCAGGUAUAUUCGCGACCAAAAUGUUCCCGGAGCCGUAUUGGUUUUCUUACCUGGGUGGAAUUUGAUCUUUGCUAUAAUGAAGUAUUUGCAACAACACCCACUCUUUGGUGGUCAAGAUUACGUGAUAAUUCCGCUUCACUCUCAGCUACCGCGAGAAGAUCAACGUCGUGUAUUCGAUCCAGUGCCACCAACAAAAACCAAGAUUAUUCUUGCUACAAAUAUUGCUGAAACGUCAAUAACUAUCGACGAUGUUGUAUAUGUUAUCGAUUCUUGCAAAGCUAAGAUGAAACUUUUCACAUCUCACAAUAAUAUGACGAACUAUGCCACUGUUUGGGCAAGUAGAACAAAUCUUGAACAAAGAAAAGGGCGUGCUGGACGCGUGAGACCUGGAUUUUGUUUCCAUCUUUGUUCUCGGGCAAGAUACGAUAAAAUGGAUGAGUACAUGACGCCAGAAAUGUUCCGUACUCCUCUGCACGAGUUGGCUUUAUCAAUCAAGUUGCUUAGAUUAGGCAGUAUUGGUCAGUUCUUGUCCAAGGCUCUCGAACCUCCACCCAUUGAUGCCGUCAUCGAAGCCGAAGUUUUGUUGAGAGAAAUGAAAUGCCUUGACAAAAAUGACGAACUUACACCCCUUGGUAAGAUACUCGCUCGCCUUCCCAUCGAACCACGUUUAGGCAAAAUGAUGAUACUUGGCAGUAUGUUUCGUGUUGGCGACGCUUUAUCGACAAUGGCCGCUAAUAGUUCGACUUUUCCUGAGGUAUAUAAUAUGGGUCCGGAUAUGAGACGUUUGUCAAACCAGCAGAAAUGGUUUGCUGGUGCGCGUUACAGUGAUCACGUUGCUAUGGUUCACGUUUUCGAAUGUUGGGAAGAAGCUCGGGCUAGUGGAGAGUACGCCGAAAACGCAUUUUGCGAAUCAAAGAAUGUUAGCUUACCAACUUUACGAGUUACGUGGGAGGCUAAGAAUCAACUGAAAUCCCUUCUGGUCAGUGCUGGUUUUCCUGAAGAAACAAUGUGCCCAAUACCUCUGAAUUAUCAAGCUGGCUGUGAUACACGCUUGGAUAUUAUCACAGCUUUACUUUGCAUGGGUCUCUAUCCAAAUGUUUGUUAUCACAAAGAAAAACGUAAGGUUCUUACCACCGAGUCGAAAGCGGCUCUCAUUCAUAAAACGUCAGUAAACUGCAGUAAUUUCGAACAAACUUUCCCAUUUCCAUUCUUUGUUUUUGGAGAAAAAAUUCGUACCCGUGCAGUAUCGUGUAAACAGAUGACGAUGGUUUCCCCAUUGCAUUUGCUGCUUUUUGGAUCCCGAAAAGUUGAAUUCAUCGAUGGUGUAAUAAAAUUAGACAAUUGGAUUAAUCUUGAUAUUGAUCCAAAAGUCGCAGCUUCAAUUGUGGCCCUUAGACCCGCACUUGAGAGUUUAGUAGUUAAAGCCGCUAAAGAUCCAGAGACUAUUUUGGAACUUAGUCCUAUGGACGAAAAAAUUUUAGCCGUUGUAAAGAAUCUUUGUUCGAUGAAUGCCUGCCGAUAUGAAAUGGAAGCUAUUACCGGAGGUGGUUUUGCAUCGCGUCGUCCACCUCGUGGACACAUGACCGGCCGAGACCGAUUCGAUGAUAGUGACCGCUCACCCCCUGCAAAGUUGAUGCAUUCAAACUUUGGAGGAGAUCGCCGAGGUGGAGGCAACUUUAAUAAUUACAGAGGAGGCUACAGUUUUACUAGAGGUGGUGGUUUUGGAGGAAGUAGCAACCGUGGUGGAUAUCGCGGACGCAGCAGCGGAUUUGGUGGCGGUGGAUUCAGAGGAAAUGGUGGAGCUUACGGGAGUGGCAGUUCUUUCCGUGGUAGAGGAGGUGGUAAUAAUUAUCAAGGAGGCUUUUAA